GUGCGAAAUCUGCCUACCUCACUGCUGGGGUGCACUAUGCACCUGACAGCCAGUCUGUCAAAACACAGACGUUUUAUUGUUGGGCCCAGGAACGAAAUUCAACGGGACGACGAGCGAGAGAAGCGAAAAACGCAAGAUUGUUGUCCUAAGUCCUUCGUUUCGUGUGCGUGCGUGUGGGAGGGGUGUCAUUAUUACCUAUUGUUUCCUGUUCGGUGUACCACACAGUCAAGCUAACCCGUCCACCGUAUCGAGCGUAGCUGGAGUAGUAGUGUUUGCUACAUUUGCGGGGUGGGCCCAGAUAAAGAGUAGUGUCAAAGAUAGUUCGUAUAGGAGAAAAACAUCGACAAUUGGAUACGGAGCAUUUCACUGGUUGACCGUUGUUGCAGCUGUUGCUGGGAUUACCCAUUGUUGCUGGUCAACAAUUCAGGCACGGUGAAGAAAGUUGGCGAGACCAUUCUAGCUGACCAUCGUAAUCAUCCUUCGAGAAUCGUACUGCGUUGUUUGUGGUUCCGUUUUUUAUUUGUGGCGCUGGUGUGUGUGUGCGUGUGUGUCUCUGUAGUGUAAUUCGCUACCAGAUUCUUCUCCAACCCUUCUCCAGCGGGAGGUUCGAAAGGGAACAAAGGGAAUAGGGUGUUUGUCGCGUGUUUUUGGGGUGACGAUAGCGCAAAAGUGUUCGGUUACGCGUACGCAUCCGGUAUCCGCUACGGAGCAGGCCAGGUGGAAAAUGCUGGCAGAAUGUCGCAUCCAACCCCCAUACUGAGUUCGGCUAUCUCCCGCCGCAAUCCGGAGGACGAGUACGAGCUGAUCCACAAGAUCGGUUCCGGGACGUACGGCGAUGUGUACAAGGCCAAGAAGCUACAGUCGAACGAACUCGCUGCGAUCAAAGUGAUCAAGCUCGAGCCGGGCGAUGACAUCCAGAUCAUCCAGCAGGAGAUACUGAUGAUGCGCGACUGCCGGCACUCGAACAUCAUCUCGUACUAUGGCUCGUACAUGCGCCACGACAAGCUCUGGAUCUGCAUGGAGUACUGCGGCGGGGGAAGUCUACAGGAUAUCUACCAGGUUACCGGUCCACUGACGGAGCUGCAGAUCGCGUACAUGUGCCGGGAAACGCUCCGUGGUCUGUCCUAUCUGCAUUCGAUGGGAAAAAUCCACCGGGACAUAAAGGGCGCUAACAUUCUGCUGACCGAGCGGGGCGAUGUCAAGUUGGCCGACUUUGGUGUGAGCGCCCAGAUCACGGCCACCAUUAACAAGCGCCGAAGUUUCAUCGGUACACCAUACUGGAUGGCACCGGAGGUGGCAGCCGUCGAACGUAAAGGUGGAUACAAUCAUCUGUGCGACAUAUGGGCCUGUGGUAUCACUGCGAUCGAAUUGGCCGAACUGCAACCACCGAUGUUUGAUCUACAUCCGAUGAGGGCCCUCUUUCUGAUGUCGAAGAGCGGUUUCAAACCACCAACACUGAAGGAGAAGGAUCGUUGGAGUACCAAUUUUCAUUCCUUUCUUAAGGUGGCACUCACGAAAAAUCCCAAAAAGCGACCGACCGCAGAACGGUUGCUGCAGCAUGCCUUUUUUCAGUCGGACAUGUCCAUCCGGUUGCCGCAGGAGCUGCUGCAAAAGUAUCAUAGUCCGCACGCGAGCUACUACUAUCAGGAUACGGAAGAGGAAGGCGCCAUCGCUAAUGGACCGCAGAGAAUUACGAGUCGAAUGCAUUCCUCCAACUCUGUUUACCUAUGCAAACCGUUGGAAAAUGAACGUUCAUCUAGUCCCGAAACACUACCGAGUGAUAUGAGUCUAUUGCAUUAUAUAGACGAGGAGUUGAAGAUAAGGCGUACGCUACCGCUGCACGACAAUUCUCUGCUGGCGUGUGCAAAGGAUGACGUUACAUCCGGCAGUAAUGGGCAGCAGCAUCGUACAGGGAACGGUCCGGGUGGUGCGAUCGGUGGUAGCAAUCAUCAUCAUCAUCACCACCAUCUGCUCGACGACGAGGACAGCCUGAUCGGGUCGGACAGCAGCUACCUGACAGCGGGUCUGUCGGCGGCAGCAGAUUAUGACAAUAAUGGCCGCGAUGAUUCGACGCUCAGCUACGAUGCAAUGGAUCAGCUGACCGCAAAACUGGAGCAGCUAAAUGCGCAAAACGGAGCUACGGCUAUGUGUGAGCCACAAGAACAUGGGAGUAGUAGUAGCGGUAGCAAGAGACACUCAAUGGAUCAGCUGAAUGAACUGUUUAAGGGAAUCGACAAGUCUUCCAGGCAGCGUAGUUUAAGUGACGGCGAUGGUAACAGUGAGGGAGCUACCGAAUCGCAACCGGAUCUGCUAAACAAUACACCGCCCAUUCCCCCGAAGCGACAUCAUCGUAGCCGGCGGCAUACGCCACCCCGGCCCGUCUCCAACGGGUUACCGCCAACGCCGAAGGUACACAUGGGCGCUUGCUUCUCGAAGGUGUUCAACGAUUGUCCGCUGCACAUCAACUGUACCGCCUCCUGGAUACAUCCGGAAACGCGCGAUCAACACCUGCUGAUCGGGGCCGAGGAGGGUAUCUUUAAUCUAAAUCUAAACGAGCUGCACGAUGCAGCGAUCGAGCAGCUGUAUCCGCGCCGUACCGUUUGGCUGUACGUGAUCAAGGACAUACUGAUGUCACUGUCGGGCAAAACGACCCAACUGUACCGGCACGACCUGUUGGCGUUACAUUCCAAACAGACGCAUCGCUUCUCAAUGCACAUGAAGAAGAUACCGGAGAAGUUGGUACCGCGCAAGUUCGCCUUGACGACAAAGGUCCCCGAUACGAAGGGCUGUAUGCAGUGUUGCGUGACGCGCAACCCGUACAAUGGUUACAAGUAUUUGUGCGGUUCGAUGGCAACCGGGAUCUUUCUAAUGCAGUGGUACGAUCCGUUGAACAAGUUUAUGCUGCUGAAGCAAUGCGAAUGGCCAUCCGGCAAUAUUCAGUACUACGGUGCAAACUCGAACGUGUUCGAAAUGAUCAUCACACCCGAGCUGGAAUAUCCGAUCGUGUGUGUGAAUGUGAGAAAAGGGCCGAACGAGUCUUUAAAGCUGGAUCUAAUCAAUACCAACAGCACUCCCAGCUGGUUUAAUACCACCGUCGAAGAGAUGGACGGUAUGGCAACGGUCAUAAAUCGGCGCGAUACGCUUCGACCAAUAAAAGUGCAUCAGAUUGAAAAGGAUGCGAUAUUAGUGUGUUACGAUCGGUUCGUACAAAUCGUUGACAUUCAGGGUUUCCCAAAGCAGAGCCGCAAGCUCAUAUCGCGUGUGGAAUUUAGUUUUGUAAUCGAAAGCAUAGUCUGUUUAACUGAUAGUGUAUUAGCCUUUCACAAGUGCGGUAUGCAGGGUCGCUCGCUAAGGAAUGGUGAGAUUACGCAGGAAAUUACCGAUACGAGCCGGAUCUAUGAGCUUAUCGGCAGUGACAACAAAGUGGUAAUGUUACAAAGCCGCACGAUCCGUGCGGACAGUGGCGAAGGGACGAGUGAUGUUGGGCACGAUCUGUACAUAUUGGCGGGACACGAAGCAAGUUAUUAAAUAGUCGAAAACAAGUGUAUGAAACCGAACCGAGGAUGAAUUUCGGGGUGUGAAGUGAUGUUCCGUUUUCAAUUCGUUUCAUCAGUGCAACGGGCUUCGGAUGGAACAACCACAUGAUGGUUGUUGUUUUCUUUUUUUUUU